AUAAACGGGACUUGGACUCAGGGAUGCUGGUUUCAACUGGGCUAUGGCAACGUCCAAUCGGGUUGCCAUUGCUAUGGUUUUGUUGAUGAGGGGACGCGUGCUGCGUUUUCAGUUGAUUCCUUCCCUCGUAUACUUUUGAAAUUUGCGCCUUGAGAAAUCUGUGCUAUUUUCAUUCGCCGCUCAAAAUCGUCAGAAUGACCGCCAGGGACUUCACUGCACUUUCUAGUACUGCUUACAUUCAUAGCGGGGCGUGAGAAGCAUGGCUACAACAUGGAAACCAAUUUUUAGGACUGUCAAGAUGGAUCCACAGAAGGACGUGCAGCCACCCAAACAGCAGCCUAUGAUCUACAUUUGUGGAGAAUGUCACACUGAAAAUGAAAUUAAAGCCAGAGAUCCAAUCCGAUGCAGAGAAUGUGGUUACAGAAUAAUGUACAAGAAGAGAACAAAAAGAUUGGUUGUGUUUGAUGCACGCUGAAGUCUGAUGGUUCGUUCUAAUAGAAGAUUAAUCUAUUUUCACCGUUUCCUCUUUAAUUCAAUUUUAGUUUGAACAUAGUUCUAUUGCAUUGUUGCUUUUCAAAAGAAAAAUGUAAAUUAUUGCUGAAGUUUGUAAUAAAAAAAACAACACAAGUGGUAUAAA